CAGUCUUUCUUAAGCUGCGCUCGCGAACAAUACAACUUCAAAUAACAAUGACCGGAUUCCUAAAAAUAUUACUCUUAUUAUGUGCUGUUUCAAAGCAGAAUGCUUCUGAAGUAGAGGAAAAUUGCAAAAUACACUUGGAAGCACUUUCUAAGCCUCCAAGUUUACGUUCAAGCUCACAUAGAGCCUGUGGAAUUCGCAAUUGUCAAUUGGGAUCGGACUGCGAUAAAGAAGGUGUGGUAAAAUAUAGAUCCCAUAUUUGGGAAUUUCCCUGGACAGUGGCUGUCCUGAAGUCUGGUAACUAUUCCUUUGUCGGCACACUUAUACAUCCCCGGGUGGUUUUGACUGCUGCUCACCGGGUUGAAAAUGGUGAAACCUAUACGGUUCGUGCUGGAGAAUGGAACAUUAAAUCCACUAAUUGGACUCAAAAGCAUCAGGAGAUAGAGGUGCAAAGAGUUAUAAAGCAUCCCGCAUUCAGAAUGGACAAUUUUCAAAAUGACGUGGCACUUUUAAUCCUCGAGCAAUGGUUCAAACUGGACGAUUAUAUCAAUGUGAUAUGUCUACCUGAACACGAAGCUUAUCCACCACCCAAAUCACAGUGCUAUGCCAAUGGAUGGGGCAAGGAUGGCUUCGCUGACUUGGAGCUGUUUAAUGGCAUAAUGAAACGGAUACCAUUGCAUACUGUGAAUUAUAGCAGUUGUCAGGAUAGCCUCCGGAAUUCCAACAGUAGAUCUGAAUUUAGCAUGAGCAAAUCCAUCUUAUGCGCCGAAGGUGAGGUAGCCUUCAAUGUAUUUCAUGGUGAUGGUGGCGGACCACUGGCCUGCCCCUUUGGAAAUCCACAGGAAAAUCGCUAUCAGCUUACUGGCAUUCUGAUUUCUUUAGUCAGAUGCAACAGCGAUUGGACAGUGGUCACCGCCAACGUGGCUUGGGUGCGGAAUUGGAUUGACCAGGAAAUUACGGCCAUUGGAUUCGAUAAAUCUUACUAUUCCGCCGGAUCAAGCUUGCUUACAAAUUAA